UCAGUAUAAAAGACACCUGUCCACAACCUCAAACAGUCACACUCCAAACUCCACUAUGGCCAAGACCAAAGAGCUGUCAAAGGACACCAGAAACAAAAUUGUAGACCUGCACCAGGCUGGGAAGACUGAAUCUGCAAUAGGUAAGCAGCUUGGUUUGAAGAAAUCAACUGUGGGAGCGAUUAUUAGGAAAUGGAAGACAUACAAGACCACUGAUAAUCUCCCUCGAUCUGGGGCUCCACGCAAGAUCUCACCCCGUGAGGUCAAAAUGAUCACAAGAACGGUGAGCAAAAAUCCCAGAACCACACGGGGGGACCUAGUGAAUGACCUGCAGAGAGCUGGGACCAAAGUAACAAAGCCUACCAUCAGUAACACACUACGCCGCCAGGGACUCAAAUCCUGCAGUGCCAGAUGUGUCCCCCUGCUUAAGCCAGUACAUGUCCAGGCCCGUCUGAAGUUUGCUAGAGAGCAUUUGGAUGAUCCAGAAGGAGAUUGGGAGAAUGUCAGAUGAAACCAAAAUAUAACUUUUUGUUAAACUCAACUCGUCGUGUUUGGAGGACAAAGAAUGCUGAGUUGCAUCCAAAGAACACAAUAUCUACUGUGAAGCAUGGGGGUGGAAACAUCAUGCUUUGGGGCAGUUUUUCUGCAAAGGGACCAGGACGACUGAUCCGUGUAUCGUGAGAUUUUGAGUGACAACCUCCUUCCAUCAGCAAGGGCAUUGAAGAUGAAACGUGGCUGGGUCUUUCAGCAUGACAAUGAUCCCAAACACACCGUCCGGGCAACAAAGGAGUGGCUUUGUAAGAAGCAUUUCAAGUUCCUGGAGUGGCUUAGCCAGUCUCCAGAUCUCAACCCCAUAGAAAAUCUUUGGAGGGAGUUGAAAGUCUGUGUUGCCCAACAACAGCCCCAAAACAUCACUGCUCUAUAGGAGAUCUGCAUGGAGAAUGGGCCAAAAUACCAGCAACAGUGUGUGAAAACCUUGUGAAGACUUACAGAAAACGUUUGACCUCUGUCAUUGCCAACAAAGGGUAUAUAACAAAGUAUUGAGAAACUUUUGUUAUUGACCAAAUACUUAUUUUCCACCAUAAUUUGCAAAUUCAUUAAAAAUCCUACAAUGUGAUUUUGUAGAUUUUAUUUUUUUUCCCUCAUUUUGUCAGUCACAGUUGACGUGUACAUAUGAUGAAAAUUACAGGCCUCUCAUCUUUUUAAGUGGGAGAACUUGCACAAUUGGUGGCUGACUAAAUACUUUUUUGCCCCACUGUACCUUUGACUAUUGGAUGUUCUUAUAGGCAAUUUAGUAUUGCCAGUGUAACAGUAUAGCUUCCGUCCCUCUCCUCACCGCUACCUGGGCUCGAACCAGGAACACAUCGACUACAGCCACCCUCGAAGCAGCGUUAGCCAUGCAGAGCAAGGGGAACAACUACUCCAAGUAUGAGUGAGUGACAUUUGGAACGCUAUGAGCGCUCACCCCGCUAACUAGCAAGCCAUUUCACCUGGUUAAUAUUGCCUGCUAACCUUUCUUUUAGCUAAAUAUGCAGGUUUAAAAAUAUAUACUUGUGUAUUGAUUUUAAGAAAGGCAUUGAUGUUUAUGGUUAGGUACACAUUGGAGCAACGACAGUCCUUUUUCUCGAAUGCACACCGCAUCGAUUAUAUGCAACGCCAGACACGCUAGAUAAACUAGUAAUAUCAUUAACCAUGUGUAGUUAUAACUAGUGAUUAUGAUUGAUUGAUUGUUUUUUUACAAGAUAAGUUUAAUGCUAGCUAGCAACUUACCUUGGCUUCUUACUGUGUUCGCGUAACAGGCAGGCUCCUCAUGGAGUGCAAUGAGGCAGGUGGUUAGGGCGUUGGACUAGUUAACCGUAAAGUUGCAAGAUUGAAUCCCUGAGCUGAAAAGGUAAAAAUCUGUCGUUCUUCCCCUGAACAAGGCAGUUCACCCACCGUUCCUAGGCCAUCAUUGAAAAUAAGAAUGUGUUCUUAACUGACUUAUCUAGUUAAAUAAAGGUGUAAAAAAAUAUAUAUUUAAAAAACGGCCAAAUCGGUGUCCAAAAAUACAGAUUUUCCGAUUGUUAUGGAAAUUUGAAAUUGGCCCUAAUUAAUCAGCCAUUCCGAUUUAAUCGGUCGACCUCUAGUCUGCACAGCUUCCCAGGCAACCACCACAGCAGGAAUGAUGUGAUACAAAAUCAGCUUUCCCAAGGCAAAGAAGGGGGGAUAUGCCUUGAAGACAGACCCAACAUACUGCCAUGGGAAGAACCAUAAGGAUGCCGCGUCUGUGCGUGCCACUCAUCCCAUACCAGCCGCCUGUGGGAUCUACUACUUUGAAGUGAAGAUUGUCAGCAAGGGCAGGGAUGGGUACAUGGGGAUUGGUCUGUCUGCCCAGGGGGUCAACAUGAACAGACUGCCUGGUUGGGACAAGCACUCAUAUGGUUACCAUGGCGACGACGGACACUCCUUCUGUUCUUCAGGGACUGGCCAACCAUAUGGACCAACCUUCACCACAGGCGAUGUGAUUGGCUGCUGUGUGAACCUAAUUAACAACACCUGUUUCUACACCAAGAACGGCAUCAGUCUAGGUGUAGCCUUUACAGAUCUCCCUCCCAACCUUUACCCCACAGUGGGCCUGCAGACUCCAGGAGAGAUUGUGGAUGCUAACUUUGGCCAGCAGCCCUUUGUGUUUGACAUUGAGGACUAUAUGAGUGAAUGGAGGGCUAAGAUCCACGGCAUGAUCGCCCGCUUCCCCAUCGGAGAGAGACUGGGAGAGUGGCAGGCAGUGCUUCAGAACAUGGUAUCCACCUACCUGGUGCAUCAUGGGUACUGUGCCACAGCCACAGCCUUUGCCAGGGCUACAGAAACCUUGAUCCAGGAGGACCAGACCUCCAUAAAGAACAGACAGAGAAUACAGAAGCUGGUAUUGGCAGGGAGGGUUGGCGAGGCCAUCGAAGCCACACAGCAGCUGUACCCUGGGCUCCUUGAACACAACUCCAAUUUACUGUUCAUGUUGAAGUGUCGGCAGUUUGUGGAGAUGGUGAACGGUACAGACAGUGAGGUACGAUGCUUCAGUGUCCGCUCCCCCAAGUCCCAGGACAGCUACCCUGGCUCCCCCAGCUUGAGCCCCCGACAUGGAGCCACCAACCCCCAUCUGCACAGCGCAGGAGCAGACAGCCCAACAUGCAGUAACGGGGUCACCCCUCCCAACAAGAACAAGAGCCACAACAAGUACCCUGGUGUCAGCUCUGCCUCCUCUUCUUCCUCUUCCUCCCCUUCCUCUGUUAACUACUCUGAGUCCAACUCCACUGACUCCACCAAGUCCCAGCCUCACAGUGGCACCAGCAACCAGGAGACCAGUGACAGUGAGAUGGAGAUUGAGGCAGAGCACUACACUAAUGGGGUGGCGGAGAACUCCUCUACUCGGAUCAUGAACGGCACCUACAAGCAUCAAGAAAUCCUGCAGGCUGAGGACGGCAGCCUGGGCAACGGAGUGGCAGAAGACAGCUGUGCCUCCAGACAGCUGUGUGGAGGGAACCAGGCAGCCACAGAGAGGAUGAUCCAGUUUGGCCGCGAGCUGCAGGGCCUCAACGAGCAGCUGUGCCGGGAAUACGGCAAGAACGCCACGCACAAGAAGAUGCUGCAGGAUGCAUUCAGUCUAUUAGCGUAUUCAGAUCCCUGGAACUGCCCAGUUGGGCAACAGCUAGACCCAAUGCAGAGAGAAAAUAUCUGCUCUGCUCUCAACAGCGCCAUCUUGGAGUCUCAGAACUUGCCUAAGCAGCCCCCUCUGAUGCUGGCUGUAGGUCAGGCCACAGAGUGUGUCCAGCUCAUGGCCAGGGUCCGCUCAGGCUCCUGUUCCUUCGCCAGAGUUGACAGCUUUUUGCACUAGCCCCAGUCCAGGCAAUGUUCAGGACUACAAAGAAGAUUACUUUCCAAUGGGUUGCCAGAUGACUGAGGAGAUCAUGUGUUUGAAUUGGUGUGUCGCUUGCCAUUUGGCAGAAGCAGGAUGUGCAGGGGAAUGAGUAGAACAUGAGGAGAAAGCUUGUUUUUAAUUUAGUAUUAUCAAAUACAAAAUGUGUGACACUAUUUAAAGAUAAUUCAUUAUUAUUCUGUUUAUAUAGUCAUUUUCAAGUUUUUAUUUGGUCAGUUUUGUUGUGCUCAUCUUGAAAAAAAUAAUCGAAUUCCGUUUUUGUUUUUAUGAGUGGAUUUGAAUUCCCUACACAGUAUUUUAAAGAUGUUCAUCAUAUCAAAUAAAUUCACAUUGGCAUGCUUUGUCGUUACCAAGCAAAAUACUCUGGUUUCUCAUUCAGAACUUUCACAGGACUUAUGUCAUCUCAGUAUGAGAUAUUGUAGAAAGAGGACCAGAAUUCUUUUGGCUCAAAAUCUUACUUCUUAGUAUGCCUUAGUACUCCAAAAAUGGAUUUAAUUGAAAGUUAAAGGUCUGAAUUUGAUUCUGAGACUGCACGUGGCUGGAAGCCACUAACCCGCUGGUCACCUUAAAGCCCCAGAUGUUAGCACAAAUGAAAUAAUGACACUGAUUCAUUUCGGAGUUUCAAUAUAAGUGUAGUGUAUUUCCAAUCAAGUGUCUCCACUAGUUUGAUGUGUAACAUAGGCUGAGUUUACACAGGCAGCCCAAUUCAGAUUUUUUUUCUUCUCACUAAUUGGCCACUAAUACAUCUUUUGACCCAAUCAGAUCAGUGCUGAAAAAGAUCUGAUGUGAUCGGUCUAAAGACCAAUUAGUGGAAAGAAGAUCAGAAUUGGGUUGCCUGUGUUGGGCUGCCUUAUGUUACAUAUAAAACUAGUGGAGACACUUGAUUGGAAAUACACUACACUUUUACUUUGUACUUGCACACAGUAAAAACACACAGACUUGGGUGUGCUUGGGUAAUUGAAUUUGGAAAUCACUCCCUGGUUUUUACUUGCUAAUUGUAUUGAAGAUACCUUUUAUGAAGUCAUGUUGAAUAUAUACAAUAUAAUGAUAUAUUGAAUAAAAAAGUGGAACUAUUUUCCAAAUACAAGGCUUUUAAUUUGACCAACUUUUCUAAUAACCAAUGGUACUUGCCAGUUGCCACACUUAUUCCACACAGUCAGUCUAUCAGUCUUUUCAUAUUAGUGCUUUGAAAGACCAUUGUCUUAUCAUUGCCAACAUGCUUAUUCUGGCUUUCUUGCAGUUCUAUUUUUCUCACACAGACCCAGUCAUUUUUACAAAUGUGGCCACAACUUUGUUUCUUGUUUGUUUUUGUUCAUUGUAUUCACAGUUGAAUGUGUUUUGGUCUUUUUUGUUACAGUAUGUAUUCUCUUAUAUUUAACAUAUGUUCUCUUGGCACAAAUGUUGAUCAUUGAUGUAUUAACCCAGUAUUUCAGCCAGCCAGCAAGAGGCGCUCCACUGUUUGUUGAAUGUAGUUUAGCAGAUUAUAUUACAUUUAUGUUUCAGAUUUGCUGCUGGCCAUCAUGAGAUUGAUAUUGACAUCCCCUACACCUGUUAGACAUAUUGCAUUGUGUUUCGUUCACUUUUUGACAAUCAUGUAAAGCAUGUUUGUGAAGCAAAGGGCUGGUGGGAGUAGAAAUCAUCAGCUUGCAGCUUGUUAUUAGUGUUUGGUAGACUUUAAUAUCCCUUAACAUUGUUCACAAAGGCCAUUUGGAUUAUUAUAUUUUUUUUACACAAUCUUUACAUUUGCACAUCUAUCUGCAUCAUGGGCUUAUACUUGCUAAAAUAUGUGAAAAACAAGAACAAAUACCUUCACUUACUUGUGAGGGUCCUCUUUUGUAUUGCAGUAGGAAGCAAAAGAAAGGGCCUCAUGACCUUAUCCAAAACCUGUGAGAGUCAACUGACAUACUGGGGCGUACCGUCUUUUGAAGCAUACCUAUACACAUCGUAACCCAUGUUGGAAUCAAAUGAGUUAUUUUAACUCAUGUUGUUCAGUUAAUUAAGUCUCUAGACGGCCCUAUCCGUUCACAUGGGUUUUCACUAUUCUGUUUAAUGGUCAUUCAGAAUCCAACCAGUCCUAGGCUUUCAAUAUUGGAAGCAGACAGCAGAUAGGUAUUGAUAAUAGCUUGACAUUAUAGCAAAUCAUGUAUCUCUUGGUUUCUUUCAAAAACAGCAAAUGGCUUUUUGAACUCAAUAGAAUAGCCACCCAAAAUGUAUAUUUCCAUUUUAAGAGAAUUCAUUAUACAGUAGAAUUUUUAACUUGACUAAUAUAUAGGGAUGUGUGUGUAGAAAGGGAGGAAUCUGUUAAGCUUCUCCUGGGACUUUUAUAGACACACCUACUCUAGCAAACAACCUCCCAGUUUUCCUUUUCUGUUUUAAAUUGGCCUUUGGAGCUAUCCAUGCUUCAAAUGGAGAGGCAAAGGUAAUGGAAUUAGGAAUUGAAAACAAGCUGUGCACAAUAUACUUCUAUUAUGAUUUAAAUUUCAUAUUGAGUUUAGCAUUUGUGAAAUGAGUUACCCUGUACUUAGCAUGAAACUUUUAAAACCUUAAACAAUAUAAAAAAGAAAUUAUAAUUUUAAAAAACAUACCUAUGUACUGGAAACAUGAUAAAGAAAUUGUAUUCUGUUUUAUUUUGACAGAAUUAUUUUUAUUAAAAUACACAUCCAUAAGCAUA